GUGGGGGCCUUCUUCCGGGUAGGGGCCACGUGGCCCUGGCCGGGCGGGGGGCUCGGCCCACCCCGCGCCGGGCCCAGUGACUCAGGCCGCAGCUGUUCCCGCGUCACAUGAGGGAGGCCGGCGGCCACUGGGCGGGGGAGGGGACCGUGGCUGGAGCCCGGGGCGGGGCCGCGCGGCAGGCGGGGCGGGAGCCGGGGGGCGCAGCUAGAGAGCCCCGGAGCCGCGGCGGGAGAGGAGCGCGCAGCCUUGGGGAGCCCAGGCCCGGCAGCCAUGGCGGUGGAAGGAGGAAUGAAAUGUGUGAAGUUCUUGCUCUACGUCCUCCUGCUGGCCUUUUGCGCCUGUGCAGUGGGACUGAUUGCUGUGGGUGUCGGGGCACAGCUUGUCCUGAGUCAGACCAUAAUCCAGGGGGCUACCCCUGGCUCUCUGUUGCCUGUGGUCAUCAUCGCAGUGGGUGUCUUCCUCUUCCUCGUGGCCUUUGUGGGCUGCUGCGGGGCCUGCAAGGAGAACUAUUGUCUUAUGAUCACGUUUGCCAUCUUUCUGUCUCUUAUCAUGUUGGUGGAGGUGGCCGCAGCCAUUGCUGGCUAUGUGUUUAGAGAUAAGGUGAUGUCAGAGUUUAAUAACAACUUCCGGCAGCAGAUGGAGAAUUACCCGAAAAACAACCACACUGCUUCAAUCCUGGACAGGAUGCAGGCAGAUUUUAAGUGCUGUGGGGCUGCUAACUACACAGAUUGGGAGAAAAUCCCUUCCAUGUCGAAGAACCGAGUCCCUGACUCCUGCUGCAUUAAUGUCACUGUGGGCUGUGGGAUUAAUUUCAACGAGAAGGCGAUCCAUAAGGAGGGCUGUGUGGAGAAGAUUGGGGGCUGGCUGAGGAAAAAUGUGCUGGUGGUGGCUGCAGCAGCUCUUGGAAUUGCUUUUGUUGAGGUUUUGGGAAUUGUCUUUGCCUGCUGCCUCGUGAAGAGUAUCAGAAGUGGCUACGAGGUGAUGUAGGGGUCUGGUCUCCUCAGCCUCCUCAUCUGGGGGAGUGGAUAGUAUCCUCCAGGUUUUUCAAUUAAACGGAUUAUUUUUUCAGACCGAAAAGAGAAAUGGUCUGAGUUUGUCUUAGA